UCUGGCUACAGGAGCAGCUUCCUGACAUAAUGGGAUUUGGGUGGCAAUUUCACCUCUCCCUGCUCCUCGCUAUUUGUACUAAAGGUGUGAUCAUCAUAGCUGUAGAGUUCAUGGACCUUCCACGUACUGUGGAGGUAGAAGAAAGUAUGACUACAGGAGUUGUGGCCAGUUUCACUGUCAAUUGCACAGCACCCUCAAGCACAGGAUUCAAUGUAUCUUUGGAGAGCAUCAAUCCUACAGUCACGUUUUUCAAUUCACCAAAUGCCUUAGGCAAUGGCACCUUCCAGGUAACCCUUCGCCCUGGCACUGCUCUGAAUGCCAGAGAGGUGAAUCAAUAUACCUUGGUGUUCAAAGCAGAAUGCCCAGGAGAAUCCUCUGUUACAAGUCAGGUUUACAUUCACGUGAAAGCAGAAGACAUUUUAGAGUGCGACAACACAUUUCUUAACACAGUUGCAAGACCAUUACUAGUUCCUGAGAAUGUUCCUCCUGAAGCUGUCAUCUACACCGUUGAACUGAAGAGGCGAGGCAGUGGCAAUUUGACAUUUGCCUUUGAAAAUGAUUCCGUGCCUUUCACCAUAAAUUCAGUAGGAGAAGUGCGUGUUCCUGCCACAGGUUUCACUCGUGCACAAGCUGGUAAGCUAUUCCAAACAUAUAUUGUGGUCCGUGGCAAUGAUGGGAGAAGCUGUCGCAGUUUUCUGGUGGUGCAAGUGCAGCCUGUUUACCACAACACAGUAAAUUUCACGGAGUCAUCGAAAGCAGUGUCUGUGUUGGAAAACCAAGGUCCCUUCCAGACUGUCACACGUGUCCAUGCCUAUGGGGGAGAAGGGCAUGUGCUCUACCAGAUUGUGUCUCCAGGCACAGACUAUUUCACCAUUGAUUCUGUGACAGGUGAGAUUAAGAACACAUACAACUUAGAUUUGGACCGCAAUCCAGGAUUGGCCCACACGUUGCUGGAGGUGAGAGCCUACAAUAUGCUCCAUCCCACUGAUAGUGCCACCAUCAUAAUCAACAUUACUGUACAACGGUGGAACCUGCAAGGACUCGUGUGUCACCCUGCUAUAUAUGUGACUGAGAUUCCAGAGACUUCUCCCAUUGGGAUGAGCCUGACACCUGUGUCUUGUGUUCAUAAAGAUGGUGACAACAUAUCCCUUCAGUACCAAAUGGAGAACAGCCAAAUUCCUCCCUAUAGUUUUUCUAUGGAGAAUAAUAUGCUGCGGGUGAAUACCACUUUGGAUUGUGACUCUGCAGCCAUGGCCAGCUUUAAAUUCCAGUACCAGGCCACCAUUUUGGUAACAGACAGUGGAAGCCCCCAACAAACCACCAAAAUACCAGUGCUGGUGACAGUAAGCAGGGUGAAUGAAUACAUGCCAGAGUGCUCACCACGGUUCUCCUCUAGUAUACCAGAGAAUGCUGCCUUCGGAAGCUUUGUUGCCAAUUUCAGUGGCACUGACCGAGACUAUCCCUUCAACAACAUUGAAUACAGCAUCCUUCAAAGAGGAGAUGCUUUCUACAUUAGUCGUCGCACAGGAAAUCUGUAUGUAUUGGGCCCAUUGGACUAUGAAGAACAAACAACAUAUCACCUGACCAUCAGUCUGAAGGAUCUGGACAAUGAUGCAAAUUCACUACUUCCAAAGAUAAACUUUUGUAACAUUACCAUUAAUGUACUGAAUGUGAAUGACGAGGCUCCUGUGUGUACACCUGCCUUUCAGCAGCAUACCAUAUAUUCCACAUUGGCCAGCAACACAAACAUCCUGACACUGCAGUGCCACGAUAAUGAGGAAGGAAGUCAACUGGCCUACACCAUUGUUGGUGGUAACACAAAUGAGCGAUUUUACAUGCAAGGGAGUACACUGUUCCAUAAAAUAUUCUCCUACAAUCGUGAUGGUAUUUUUGACCCACUAAUUUAUGAGCUUCUGGUGGAAGUGACAGAUAGCCGUAGCACACCUCGCUUUAGCACCACAGCUACCGUUAUUGUUUAUGUGAUUCCUUGGACAACCACAGUGCCUACCACUACUAUGACUACUGUUACCAAGAUGGUAUCCAAGAUGCCCAUCAUUUUGCACAGAACAGAGGAAUACUGGGCUCCAGAUCCCUGGUUCGUGGUGGUCCUUACGUUCACUGGAAUUCUUCUCCUCUUGGCCUUGAGUUUGUUGUUCUGGCAAUUCUGUUGGAGGAAGGCACCAAGAGAGAUAUCUCAGCCCCUACUGCAGAGCAGGGGCAAAAAGUCAGAAAGAAACUACGUUGUGACAGAAGAACCAAGCAAGGACAAAGGGAAAGAUUACAAUGAGGUGCUGAGUCUGCAGCACCACUUUGAUGGCUGUGCUCAGGACCCUGUCACUGGCCAAUAUUACCUGUAUGACAGCAGCAGUGGAGCACGGCGCUGGGUGUGAGUGUGGCUUUUUCUGUCCUAAGGACUGCAGCGCAUGUGCACAGAGACAUAAUGGAAAGGGAAGAUGAAGAGCAGGCCUUCUGCACAGAAUAUAUACUGUAAUCCAGAGGUCGCCAAUGUUUUUGAGCCUGCAGGCACAUUUGGAAUUCUGACACAGUGUGGUAGGUGCGGCAGCAAAAUGACUGCUGCAGGAAAUGGAGCCAGCCCUGAAAUGGCUGCUACAGCUUACCUUCGGUCACACAGUGAAGAUUCUUGUGCUGUGGAAGCAGUUUUUGCCAGAGCAAUGUUUUUAAAAAUCUGCACAGCCAAUCAAUACUCCAGUGGCCAAUCAGAAGCCAUGACAAAAGUCCUACCUGGCACCACCCACUUUCUAAAAACACUUGGCAGGCACCACAUUGGGGACUAGGGAUGCCAGUCCCCUGCUCCCACCCUCCACCCCCUGCCCCUGCUUACCUGGCCAGCGCGGGGGGGGCGUGCCUCCCAGGGUUAGGGCUGCCAGACCCCCGGUGGGGGCCCUCCCACCCCCGCCCCCACUUACCUGGCCAGUGGGGAGGCGUGCACCUUCCAUGCGCGCCUCCCUGUGGUGCUGUGCGCCCCCACGCACAGCAGCCCCAGGAUCAGGCCUGUUUUGGCCUGGGUCGGGGCCCCUGUGGAGUGCAGGAGCGUUCCUGUGCUCCGCAGGGGCCCACAACAGGCCUGAUCAGCACCCAAGCGGGGGCUGCGUGAUGACAUCACUCCCAGAAGUGACAUCAUCACGCUUGCAGGAGCGUGCACGCGCACGCUUCACACACACGCGCACAAGCUCCACCAAGGUAAGAGCCAGGCCCCAGUCUCCCACUGGGAGAUCGAGGGGGCCUGGUAACCCUACCCAGGGUGCACUCCUGGGUGGCACAGCACACUCCUGCGCACCGCAGCAGCCCAAUUGGAGAGGAUUCAGGUCUGAAUUGGGUCCAAAUUGGCCCAGAUUUGGGCCAAAUCAGGCCUGAAUCAUCCCAAAUUGGGCCACUGCAGAACACAGUACCCAAAUUGGGCCCAAAUCAUCCCAAAUCAGGUCUGAAUUGACCCCCCAAUUUGGCUCCCUGAGAUCCCAGGGGGGCAAAUCACAUGCUCCCAGGGCAGCAUGUGACCCACACAAUGAUGUCACUUCCCAGAAAUGACAUCAUCGUUCAAGCCAGGAGCAGGGGUGGCGGGGGACCUGGCAACCCUAUUGGGGACCCCUGCUGUAAACUAUCUCUGUAAUAGUCCAUGGUACGUCCUCAAUAUUGUUGGAAUAGAGGCCAGUCUUUCCUAUAAAUUUUCUCUAAUUAUUACACCCACUGUGUAUGUACCUGCAGAAGCUAAGUGCUACAAUUGAGAGCCUCUCCUCUAGCCAACUAUAUUUCCUUGGCCAAUUCCUUUUUCCAUUUGGUAAGCUUCAAGAGCAGACACUUAGAGCUACCACCUUGGUUUUUCUUCUCCUCGGUGCCUACUUCUAAUUGUAUGUGACACAGAAUCUAGUGAAUUUUUCCCACUACUUAUCUUUAUGCCUAGAAAAUCAUCAAAUCAGGUAGAAGGUAGACAAGAUGCAGUGGGAAUAAAAUGGCUCCUUAAAAAUAAGGAGGGUUACUGGUGUUUUUCACGGAGGUAGCUGGAAGUUCUGCAGUUGCAAGCAAAGGUUCAAGGGGAGUGGUUGAACAGGGAGUACAGGCAGAAGCAGAGAAACUGUAUGACCUGGCUGGGUGCUAAUAAUCCUAGCAGCUUCUACAUAUAGAUAGGAGCUGGGCUUGACAGGAAUGUUGUGUACCUAUUUCUCUUCCAUUUCCUGAUGUGCUGUGUACAUUUUUUUCCAAUUCGCCGAUGUGCUGUGAAGUCUUCCUGACCCACAGUGAAAUACCAUGAUUGCAUUUCUUUCCUUUUAUGUGUGCUAGUUGGGAGAUUUUCCCAUUAAGAUAACUUUUUGAACAUUUUCUCUUGUAGAAGGUAAAUAAAUUUGCUUUUUAACUCUCUUGGAUUUGCUGUGAUUGGAAUUCAUUGCUCUUGGUGGUGGUUUCUUGUGAAUAGAACUAUCAGUGUAAUAUUAA